AUGCCACCCCGCAAACCCACAACGUCAGCUCCCCCGCUCCCUCUCCCCAUCGAGAUCUUCUCGCUCGUCUUCACCUACCUCCUCGAUACCGACGGUAGCUCUCUCGCUCGAUGCUGUAGAGUGUCCCACUCAUUCUUUGACGUUGCCGCUCCCGUCCUCUAUCAGCGAGUCAUCGUCUCACCUGAUCCAGCCCGCGACUCUAGAAGAGACUUUGCACCUGACAGGAUCACCGCCAAUGGAAAAGAGAAGACCAGCACUCGUAAGAAGAAGCUUCUCAAGAACGCCCAAGUCGUUACUAUCGAUUUCCAUCAUGCCACAUGGUGUGGUAACAAGUCCUUCAAAUAUCCUAAACUUCAUACAUUGGUACUCAAUUUAGCGAAAUGUCUCGAUCCGAAGAAAUUGGUCUUGGUCAACGCCUGUUUUACCAACAUCUCUGGUGAUAUGUUAGGUGUACCAUUCAAAUUACUUAAAGAUGCCGAGCAAUUGACUUUCAUUGCUACGCUCACCCCAAUUCAUCCUAGUAUGAUGUCAGGUGGAUUUCCAAGAGAUCAAAGUAAAUUGAAGAAGGUAGUUUGGAUCUUUCACGCACCUACUCCUGCGAGAAGAUGGAGUCCAGGCAAUCAAGAUAUCUUAGGUGAACGUGAAAGAUCACGUCUCGAUGGUGAUAUGGACAUUUUCGUUAGUGUGAUCCGAUCGUUUCCCGAAAUUCCUAUCUACAUUGUAAAUGCAGGUUAUCUCGAUCACAGAUACGCAGGUGUGAAAGAAUGGAGGGAGGAUGCCGUUCAAGAUAAAUUUGCUGAAACGCUGAAACAGAAAAUUAUCAUGGAGGGAUUCAGAAGGGGUUGGCAUUGGGGUGCAGAUGGUAAAAUAGAAGCUAAUGAGGACCCCGAAGAGAUCAGGAAGGAAAAAGAAGCUGAGAAGCUUUCGCUCAAGAAAUUCAACACGAUCAAAUUGUUGACCAUGAAAGGAUAUCUUGAGAAUCACGACUGGACCGGAGAAUUCGAUUGCAAGGAAGCGAAACUCUGGCUUGUCUAG